ACGAGCACAACAAGUGCGCGCAUGCAAAGAGCCUCCUCGCGGUGAAAGUGGUUUACAGCCAAAGCAAAAGCAACUGCCUCAGCCCCAAAGUGCUGCCGUGUAGUGUAGUGUGCCCGAGUGAAAGUGAAUCCUGAAAGUGGAGUGGGUGACGGUGAGAGUGAAAGUGUAAGGAGUUCCCAAGCGGCUGGGCAGGACACCUGCCGGCGAGGUCCUUGCUCUGCGGGUGCGCGCGAUACGCUGGAGUUAAUUAGCUGCGCGCGUUCGGCCAAAAAUGUAACUCCAUUCCCCUCGAUUCGCAGCUCGAUAACGAUCGAUAUUUGCCAAAUAAAAAAUAUAUUAGAACCCCCGAUUCUCAGAACCAGAGCCACCGAUAAAUUGUUGCUAGUUGUUUUUGUGAAGAUAAUCAGAUCGCUCAAGUGCUCCCAUUUGGAUGUUUCGAGAGUAACGAGUGCCCAUUUCGGAUUUCAAUCUAAGGCUAAGCCAGGCUUAAACCAAUCAGCCACUGCAGCUGCAAAUCAAUACGGAAAUAUGAAUAGGUUUUGGAUAAUCGCUUUACUUUUAGGAUUACAGCAAACAAAGCCAAUAAAUGGACAAUCGGAGUUCCAGGUGCAAUUAGUGGUGCCGCGGUAUGUGGAGCGCGGAUCGAGCGCCACCUUCAAGUGCAAGCACAAUGUCCAGCCGGAUCUCCUCUACAAGGUGACAUGGCUGAAGGUUGACAAGGGCAAGUUCUUCGAAUUCACAAACGGCCGGAAUCCACCAUUCUGGAACUCGACGAUUGAGGGGGCCGAAAUCGAUUGGGAUAAGUCCAACGACCAGCAGGUGACUCUGAAGGAUGUACAGUUCGAUCUUUCCGGCCAGUUCUACUGCGAAGUCUCCACGGACACCCCCAUCUACACGAAGGCCAGCUUGGAUGUGCUUAUGAGCGUAUUCUUGCCACAAACGGGUCCGCCCACCAUCAAGUUCCGCAAGAGGACGCCGUUUGCGGUGGGCGAGAAACUUUUCGCUCUGUGCAACACCACCCGCGGACGUCCCGCCCCGACAAUCACGUGGCUAAUCAAUGGAAAGAAGGUGGAGGACAAGUACGUGCGCACCCACCACGUGUUCUCGUUCAACGGGAAGCACCAGCGCCGCACGCAGCAGCAGCAGCAGACGCAGCUGAGUCAGCAGCAGCUGCAGCAGCAGUACUACCAGCAGCCCUUCUUCAACCAGUACCACCAGCAGUACCAGAUCCCCGUCACCCAAUUCAUGGACCGCUACGACAAGAGCCUACGCUGGCCGGCAGGAGCACGCGCUGAUGAGUUCCCGCACUUCCUGUCGCACCACCAUGAGGGCCACGGCCACCACGGAAGUCUGUACAACAACCCGUUCGGCUCGCUGGCCAACUACCAUGACGUGGGCGAGUUCCACGAGGUGCACCAGCGCAACUACGACAGCAACAAGAAGAAGAUGGAGCUUAAGAAGCAGCAGCAGAUGGAGAUGAAGAAGCACAGGAACAGCAACCGCAAGUACCGGCGUCACAUAAACGAGAACGCCCUGGGCAUCAUCCGGAGCACCCUGAACAGCGGCGGCUUCGGUCCGCAGGCCCCCAACAUGAACAAGGAGCUGGGCAUCCCCUCCAACGCCGGACCCAUGAACCAGCUGGCCGCCGGCUACCAGCGACCGCUCUCGCAUCCCGGCGGCGGCAGCGGAGUAGCGGCAGCGGCGGCCGCCGUCACCGCCGCCCAGCAGGAGAAGGGCAUGUUCAGCAUCAGCCAGCUGAACAUCGAGCUCACCGAGGAGCACGUGGGCAGCAACAGCCGCAUGGAGAUCACCUGUCUGUCCACCAUUCCGGCGACAGUUGGCCAGGGCGAGCAGUACGCGGACUACAAGACGUACUCAGUGAAAGUUGAGGUCGAUCGACAACAGGCCUCCUCCACGUCAACAGCCCCGCCGAGCAUCGGAAUGGCGGCGCUGGGCAAUGGAAACGGGCACGGCAACGAAACCUCCGCAGGACGAAGGACUCACGGCGCAGUGGUGACGCACAUGUGGUCGCUGGCGCAGCUUCUGCUGCUCGUCCUCCUGCCCCUCAGCUAUUAAAGGGGAGCAGGACAAUCAACCGGGACACGCUGGAGAGAAGAGGAGAGGAGAAGACCACCGACAUACUCGCACAGAAGGUAUAGUUAAAGCGAAAUCAAGGGCAACCACAUCAUCACCAUCCCAUCAAGGACAAAAGCAGCAGCACGAGCCGCAGCAUCGGAAAAACCAAGUUGAAUUUUUGUAAAUUGUACACCAAAUUUUUAAUCUGUUUCCCCGGCAUAAGCUCAAUCGAGCAGCUAAAUUAGUGCAGCUCAAAAAGGGCAGAGCAAACAAAAAAAAAAAACGAACAGAACAAUGGACUUAGAGAACAUUUUUAGCAUUUGUGCUCGCCUUGGUCGGCUAAUUUAAAUAGUUUACUUGUAAAUAACUGCAGAUGACCGAGGAAAGCGGGCGUGGAUUUUCUUUUUUUUGUGUGGCCGCAAAGCCAAAGAGAAAUGUUUGUAAUUAAGUUGCAGUCGGACGGGAACUGUGCGAAUGUUUUUCAGUCCGGCCAGCGGCCAUUUUUUGUAGUGCAAAGAGAAUUUUGUAUAGCUAAUUGAACAUAAGUUUCGGGAGGGGCGACUGCAACUCAGAACAAAGAACAAAGAAACCAGCUUUUUGCGCUCUCUCCAAGGUCAGUGCGCCAAGGCCGUGGUGCUCCGCCCACAGACUUUCCUUUUGCUGGCCUUGUCAGAAGUUUGGGCCAAGGCCCGUCCCAACGAAAUCCAAAUCCAAACAGCCAGAAUUGAUUGGGGCUAAGUUUUUAGGCGUUUCAAAGCAGUCGCUACGAAGCUAGUACCUAAAAUGCAUGAUCAACGUGCAGUAGCAAACAAAAACGAAUAACAAAAACACAAACACACUCAAAGGAAACAUAUUUUUUACGGUAUUGUAGCGCUUGGGCUAGUCGAGGAUAGGGAUGUGGCUAACAGAGGGUAGGCUAAGAUUAGGGCAAUUGAAUUUAAGCGCCAGCAGCAGCAGCAGCAGCAAGAAGUUAAAUACGAGUACCGUACUCCGUACCCCUGAAUCCCCGAACCCGUAUUCGUACGAACGUACCCCUGGAAAUAAAACGUUUAAAUGUAAAAUAAUUAGACAGUUAAACCAAGAAGCUUACAGAAACAAUCAGUGUUGAAAACAUUUUGAGAAAACCAAAAGAAAACAAAGGAAGGCGGAGCGAAAAAUAGCACGCAGAACCCAAGGAAAAGGCGUCGAAAAGGACGCAGUCUGCGGCGCGUGGUGACCCCGAAAAUGGGAAAGGGUCAUCGCCGGAGGGAUGGGGCCGUAAUGGGUUACCCCCGACCUUAAACUCCGGACUCCGGACUCCGAACUCCGGACUCCGCUUUACAUUACGACGCUUACUCAUUUGUUUUCAUUUGGACCCUUUAUUUUCGGUUCGUUGUGUGUAAAUGGUUAUAGUUGCAAUGGAACGUUUAGUGUGUAGUUAGGAAAAUAUUUGCCGUUGCGAUUAAUUGUUUUCGUUAUGGUUUUUUAUUUUAUUUUUUGGGACCGUUAAGGAGUGCUUAAAACUAAGUACGGAUGCAUUUUGUGUGUAUUUAGGAGGAUUACUUUCAAGCGCGCUUUAAGUGUCUAUGGCUAAAGAACCAUUUUAAACACGUAGCAUAACAAUGUAACUAUGUAAAGCAAAACGAUAGCAACCACGGACAACCCGGCAAAGUAAAUAUAUGUAAAGCAAUUAGUGGACUAGUCUAUACUCUCUAAAACAAAUAUUAAAAAUGAGCGUCUGUAAUGUGUGUAAUUAGGCUUCUAUUUUUGACUUCUACUCGACGGCGAAAUGCAAAACCAAACAUAAAUUUAGUAAUACAACUAAGCCUGCGAUGUUCUCCUACAGUUUGAACAAGCGAACCCAGUUGAGGCGAACCAUUAACAAUUAACAGAUAACAAUUACAAUUUUCCAAGGGUUGUCCUCAUUGUGAGUACACGUAAUUUGUUAGCCAGUUAAAGCUAAUGAGUAUACCAACCGGAUAAUGCUUGAACGAACUACAACCAUUUUUUAUAAAAGAAAUAUACUUAAUUAUGAUAACGGUGACAUCACGUAUAAAUAAAUGAAAACAAAGUUCAUAUUAUGUAUGAAAAUAUGGCUAAAAUGUCUUAUGCAGGUAUUGACGUCUUCCUAUGCUACGCUGUCUAUUAUUAACAGAAAAAAAUUGAUUACAUUUAUAAAUUAUACAUUACGAAUAGGUGAGCAUGCAAAUUUACUGAUUGCAUACACUAAGAACUAAAUAAAAAAUGAAAAACAAAGGAAAAAAGAUAUUAACACUUUUACACAAAAAAAUGAAAAUGCUUUAAAGUUAUACGAUAAUUUAUUCCUGUUUUAAUUUCGAUCUAUGGACUUUAUAGUUUAAGAGAUGUUAUGAUUAUCGUAUGCUAAUUUCCACCAUUUUUCCAUUUUGAAUAAUUUGAUUUAUGUGAAUUAUUAUGGGGACUCUUUCCCAGUUAGUUAUGCGUUUGUGAAUCACUCGUACUAGUAAAUGUUUCCCACCAAUCUAUGAAAAGUGCAAAUCCCUCGACGCAUCUCACUCACCUAAACAUUCACAGUUUUCCCUGAAAAUCCCCCUGGAUGUCAUACACCCUCUUCUCCUCUAUUUGUCUGUAUAAAUAUGCAAACUGCGUGUUGUCUACAAUUCUGUCGUCUGUUGUGUCAGCAUAAAUCUGCAUGAAUGUGCAUAAUUGGCCAAAGACCUGGAGUCACUUAGCCCAGUUGUGUUGCUAAUUAUGCACCAUGCACUCUCUAUCGAGCAUAUAAAUCUGUGUAUCUGUGUAAAAACUCUAUAUAGGUGUCCAGUGGAAAUGAAACACAAAAGGGAUGGUAUUUAUAUAGAUCAGAUAAGAGUACAUUAAGUGUCGCAGCAAUUCGCAAAACAUAUCAUAAAUGUUGUAACAUUUUCGGAUCCCAAGACGAGAGCCCAACCUCUCAGGUCGGAAGCCAAUUAACAUUUUUCAUGCUUAGCAUAUGGUAUUAAUGCCGUUUAUUUAUAAUUGUCUAUCGAGGCUCCUCCAACCGACAAAAAAUGAAUAUUGAAUGGGUGUUAAACAAACUGAGAUUUGUAUUCAUGGUGGCAAAGAAAUGGCAUUAUAAUGGAAUGGGAUCGCAUGAUAUACCGUGCGCACAAACACAAACAUUAUAUUUAAAUGUUGUAUUUUGAUAAGUCGAAAGUAUUACGAUGUCGGAUUACUAGACAAAUGCGUUUUGUCCGGAAAUCUGCCGUGCGGCAACCUUUAUCAUUUCUCUCACAUCAAAAUCUUCCAAUCACACAUAUCAUUGCGUAUUGAACAAAAACAUGAAAUUAUACAAAAUAUAUAUUGAAAUUAUGUAUACAAGAAAACAUAAAGAAAACCCGUAAAAGGUGUAUAAAAGAUAUAUUUAUAGAGAAGAGACAUGUUUAUUAAUUUUGAACACUUACACCACAAAAAGCUUUAACUUUUUUGGUUCCCAUUGUUUAUCGAACAUAAACAUAAUCGCACGCACAUAUUAACACAGUGGAUUUGUGUGUAAAAUAUUUGAUAUUGACUUCAGUCUAAUUUGAAUUUCCCUGAUUUGUAUUGUAUAAAAUGUUUUACGGUCUAAGAAAUUGUCUAGAUAAAAUAGCGUUAUUGAGGCUACUAUUAUUAACUGAAUAUUGGAUAAACCCACACAAAUUGAACCCGAUAAACGUAACGUAAAUAUUUAUUUAUAGAUACAGACAUACCAAGCGAGCGAUACAAUUGUAAAAAUUGCAACCUAUGCAAGUCAAACGCGAAAUAAGUGUGGGAUAUGUGUACCAUUAUUAAACUAAGCCACGAAUAUUAUAAUGUACACUGUCGAGCUGAGCAGCAGAGAGAAUUAAGUGUAAAGUUUAAAGUGUAAAUUAACAAACGAAGAACAACAAUUACGAUUACAACUCAACCCAAAUUAUGGCGCCUACUGCUUGGCCAAUCUACUACACUGAAAGGGAUAUACAGCAUAUUAAAUAUACAUACAGAAAUACGAAUAUUUGUGGUAAAGAGAACGAACUAAAAAAUAAAUGUUGAAAACAAA